AUGUUUAAGGAAGAAGCAAUCAAGAAUCGCCUCGCCAGGACAGAGCUUUCCGAACCAAUUUUGGAUAAGUUCUGCAGAUACGUUAAGGUUGAAACAACAAGUGAUCCAACAGUCGAAGACCACAAGCCAUCAACAAAAACUCAAUGGGAUCUUGCUCACAUGUUAGUUAAGGAGUUAAAGGACUUUGGCAUUGAAGAUGUCACAGUUGAUGAGCAAGCAUACGUUAUUGCAAAUAUCCCAGCUACAAAGGGCUUCGAAGAUCGUGCAACAAUUUUGUUAUGUUCUCAUAUGGAUACAUCCCCACAAUGCAGUGGAAAGAAUGUUAACCCACAAGUAUUUCGUGAUUACGAUGGAAAAGAUAUCGUUGUCAAUGAGAAUUUCACAAUUAAAAUUGAAGACAAUCCUCUUCUCAAGAAUGCUGUUCACGACACAAUUAUUACAACAGACGGCAACACUCUUCUCGGUGCCGAUGACAAAGCAGGCAUUGCUAACAUCAUGACAGCUCUCGAAUACAUGUUCAAGACAAAGAUGGACCAUGGACCACUCCAAAUCAUGUUCAACGCCGAUGAAGAGACAGGCAAUGGCAUGUUCCAAGUUCCAAUGGAUAAAAUCAAGGCUAAACAGGCUUAUACAGUUGAUUCAACAGAAAUGCCACUUAUCGAGUACCAAUGCUUCAACGCUUUCAUGGCAAAAGUCACAUUUACAGGAUCUUCCAUCCAUCCAGGCUACGCUCGUGGAAAAUUGGUCAAUGCAGCUAAUAUGGCCGCUCAAUUCGUUACAAUGCUUCCAAGAAACGAAUCUCCAGAAGCUACAGAUGAAAGAUUUGGCUUCUUCCACGUCACUGACAUGGAAGGACAGACAGAAACAGCUCAUGUCAAUGUUAUCAUCCGUGAUUUCGAUAUGAACAUUGCUAAAUCACGCUGCGAACGUCUUAAACAAAUCGCAGCUGCCGUUGAAGCAAUUUUCCCAGGCGGAAAGGUCAAUGUCGACAUCAAAUUCCAGUACGCAAACAUGUUCGACGGAAUGGGACCAGAUGCAAAGCCAGUCACCAUUCUCGAGAAAGCCUGCCGCAACGCAUUCGGUGAGCCAAAGGAGUCCUUGAUCAGAGGAGGAACAGAUGGAAGCCACCUCACUCACCUCGGUGUUCCAACACCAAACAUGUUCACUGGAGGAAUUAACUGCCACUCUAGAUCAGAAAUGGCCGUUCUCUCAUGGAUGGUCGCAAGUACUGAAGUCGUAAUCGAGUUGAUCAAAUUGUGGGCACUUGAGAAAGCUCAGUAA